UUAUAAUAUUGUUGAUGUUCUGAAGGAGUUAAUUUCUUUCUUUUCUUUUUUUUUUCAUUUUAACUUCCUCUCCUUACCUCUGUCACUUUUACGUAUAUGGGAAACACAAGCUUAAAGAGCUUUUCUCCUAUGUGUGAUGGAAAGUACUAGGGUCUUGGCACUCUUAUGAUGGUUGACACUUCAUCUGUAGAGAUGCUGAGGGCUUUCUUGAAGUUGUAGCAGGGCUUUCUAAAGACUGACUGUCAUACCAGCUGAAAUGAGACCACACUCAUGCUGCUUGGACACUGCAUCUUGGCUCCAGGGGUGAGCCAAGGUUGCCAGACAAUUCAGCAACUUUUUGUCUACCUCUUGGUUGAUCACGUGAAUCUUUGCAUCCAUCCUUUCAAUCUUUGCAAAAAUUGAUUAAGCAUUGUUUGCUUUCUGAAAGAAAAAUACACUACCCGUUCGGAAUGUUUGACGGCUAUGAAAGUUGCAGUGAGGACACUAGUAGUAGUUCAAGUUCAGAUGAAAGUGAAGAGGAAGUUGCACCCUUACCCCCCAGUCUGCCAAUUAUUAAGAAUAAUGGGCAAGUUUAUACGUACCCAGAUGGCAAAUCUGGUAUGGGGUAAACCACCAACAAAGAAGGCAAAAGUUUUACAGAAACAACCUUUAGUUGCUAAAUUAGCAGCUUAUGCACAGUAUCAAGCCACUCUACAGAAUCAAGCAAAGCAGGCUAAAGCAGCAGUUCCUGCAGAGGUCUUUAACUGGGGUACUUAUAUCAACAGCAAUAAUUUUAUAGCAGCUCCUGUUUCCUGUUUUAAACAUGCACCAAUGGGGAGCUGUUGGGGAGACAUUGCCGAAGGUGUGAGAGUGGAGGUUCCCAACACAGACAACAAUCUACCUACAAAAGUAUACUGGAUAGCAGAAAUAGUCAAGCUAGCAGGUUACAGUGCUUUGCUUCGAUAUGAAGGCUUUGAUAAUGAUUCAAGUCUUGACUUUUGGCAGAAUAUAUGUGGCCCAGAUGUUCACCCGGUUGGUUGGUGUGCCACCAGCGGAAAACCUUUGGUCCCUCCACGAUCAAUUCAGCACAAGUCUACAAACUGGAAGGCUUUUCUAGUAAAACGGCUUACUGGUGCCAAAACUCUUCCUGCUGAUUUCUCUCAAAAGGUCACAGAAAAUAUGCAGUACCCUUUCAAACCUAAUAUGCGGGUAGAAGUUGUUGACAAAACACAUCUGUCUCGGACACGGGUAGCUUAUGUACAUAGUGUGAUUGGGGGAAGAUUACGGCUAGUAUAUGAAGAUAGUGAAGAUGGAACAGAUGAUUUCUGGUGUCAUAUGUACAGCCCACUUAUUCACCCCGUUGGCUGGUCUCGAAGUAUUGGGCAUCGGUUCAAGCGUUCAGAUAUCUUUAAGAAGCCAGAAGGGCUUUUUGAUGCUGGAGCGCGUUUAUUUGUCCAGGUAAAAGAUGUAGACCAAAGUGGGGAAUGGUUUAAAGAUGGAAUGAAACUGGAAGCCAUCGAUCCUUUAAACCUUUCUGCAAUAUGUGUUGCAACAAUAAGAAAGGUGUUGGCAGAUGGAUACUUGAUGAUUGGCAUUGAUGGCUCUGAAGCUGCAGAUGGAUCAGACUGGUUCUGUUACCACAGUACUUCUCCUUCAAUCUUUCCUGCAGGUUUUUGUGAAAUUAACUCGAUAGAGCUUACGCCUCCUAGAGGAUACACAAAACUCCCUUUCAAAUGGUUUGACUACCUCAGGGAAACAGGAUCCACAGCAGCUCCAGUGAAACUAUUUAAUAAGGAAGUCCCUAACCAUGGAUUCAGACGGGGCAUGAAACUGGAGGCUGUAGAUCUUAUGGAGCCACGCCUGGUGUGUGUGGCCACAGUGACUCUCAUUAUCCACAGAUUGCUAAGGAUCCAUUUUGAUGGUUGGGAUGACGAAUAUGACCAAUGGGUUGAUUGUCAGUCUCCUGAUCUAUAUCCUGUCGGAUGGUGUCAGCUGACUGGGUACCAGUUGCAGCCUCCAGCAGCACAAGCAUCAAGAGACAAUCAAUCCAGCUCAUCCAAGCAAAAGAAAAAGACAAAGUCUCAGCAGUACAAAGGACCCAAAAAAGUAACUUCACUGCAACUCAAAGAAGAACUGUUGGAUGGAGAGGACAUCACCUUUCUUCAAGGAGCUUCUGACCAAGAAAGCAAUGGAUCUGGUAACUUUUAUAUCAAACAGGAGCCAUAAGAGCAGCUUGAAUUUGCAACAAUGUGGCAUCAGCCUGUUGUGGAUCUAAACUAAAAGUGCUCUUCUACUGCUGGAUCCUAAAGGGUAGCGGCUCAUCAAAGACACUUAGUGGGACACACAAGAUAUUAGAUUUAAAGACUUAUUUUUGUUUGACUAAAAAAAAAAAAAAUAAGAAAACUAUUUUGCAAGACGUGAUCUUUUCAAUUUCUCACUCGGAUGGGCUUUUUCAGCUUCUUGCAUUUGAAGUUUUUUGAGCAACUUUUGUAAUACUCUUCAGAGUGCAGAUUUAUUGUGCUUUGAACACAAAUGAGAAAAAAAAAAAAAGAAUUUUCUUGCUCUUUAUGACAGAGUUAAAAACUAAGAAAAAAAAAAAGAAAAUAUUCAAGAAGGGGAAGUAGGUUGAGAGGCAUUGUGUGAUUGCGAAUCACAUAAUACAAUAAAGAGCCUUUCUGGUACAUGUUGGGAAGACUCCAGGUUUUUUGUUGGUAAGUCUAGGGUUGCUGAAGGCUGCCCUUGCUGCAGAAAUUUACAGAAUGUCUUUAGCAAGUUCUGCUGUAUAAGUUGGAGUGUAUGUGUGCUGUUUUCACAUAAUGUAAUCCAAGUUCUUGUUGCAGAACCGAGUAUAUUUUAGCCUCCAGAUUUGCUGCCAUCAGAUUAGUUUAGGCAGCAAUUUUUUUACACAUUUGAAGACUGAUCUCUGUUUUUUUAUUGCAGAAAACCAGCUGUCUAUCCCUGCAGAGCUGUGAGUGAUUAUAUAUACUAUAUGUACUGAAUGGGUUAUAGCUUUUACCAACAAGUUCACUAAUUUAAAAAAAACUCAGGAAAUUCUAUAUUUUGCAUAUGUUAUUGUAACAAGUACUCCUGGACCUUGUGGCAUUUCUUUCAAAGUUUUACACUAGCUGUGUGCAUUUCAGCUUUGAGGUUGUGCAUAAAAUCAUAUGUGAUUGAGGGUGAGGUUUGAUUAAACAGAUCUUCUUUCCAUGAAAGAAAAGCAUAAGCUCUUGGAGAAACUGCAUCUCACAGGUAUAUUAAACUAGAAAAAUAAAAUGUAAUUUAGAAGCAGCAGUAUCAGUUAAUGGGGAAAAGCUUUUGUCUUUUUAAACUAUGUUUAUCUCAUUGGUGAAUUCAUACCUUUGGAACUAUAGCUUGUCAGUGUCUGGGUGAGCUGCAGGUGUUUGAUAAUGACAGUUUCCAUGUGAUGUGUACCCUAAAAAUAUCUACAAAGUGAACAAUCAUUAUACCUCAGUUCUUUCUUCCACCAUCAGUUUGUUGCUCUAAAACGUUUGCUAAAAGAAUGCUAGUGAUUAAGCUGGAAUGUUUAUUGCUUUCUAAACGGCUAUAGAGUGCCUGUUGUCAAAAUCUGUUAAUGCUAUAUGUUUUGCUUUUUAAAAUGUGCAUUAAAAUGGGUUGUUUUUUGA